UUCGGAAAGGGCAAUUCUAGUGUUCAUUAGUUUGUCCAGUAUUUUGGGAAAAAGAAACAUGAUUAUUUUUUGGUUUAUUUAUUUAAUAUUACCAAAUUAUUAUUUGGUAAUUUUAUUUUUGGUAGGUGAUUAUCAGGGCUUGUGAAGUAAAAACGUGUAUUACAUGAAAGGUGUUCACACUGCCCUUUCCUUGGAGAUAAAAGUGGAUGCCCGUGUUCGGGGUUAUGUUGGAGAAAAGGUCAAGUUGAAAUGCAUUUUCAAGUCAACUUCAUCUGUCACUGACAAACUCACCAUAGAUUGGACAUACCGACCUCCCAGCAGCAGUCGCACAGAAUCAAUUUUUCAUUAUCAGUCCUUCCAGUACCCAACCACAGCAGGCACAUUUCGAGAUCGAAUUUCCUGGAUUGGAGAUGUAUACAAAGGGGAUGCAUCCAUAAGCAUAAACAACCCUACCAUGAAGGACAAUGGGACAUUCAGCUGUGCUGUGAAGAAUCCCCCAGAUGUGCACCAUAACAUUCCCAUGACAGAGCUAAUAGUCACAGAAAGGGGUUUUGGCACCAUGCUCUCCUCUGUGGCACUUCUUUCCAUUCUUGUCUUCAUUCCCUCAACUGUGGUGGUUGUUCUGCUGCUGGUGCGAAUGGGGAGAAAGUCUGCAAGACUGAAGAAAAGGAACAAAUCAGGCUUUAAGAAGUCAUCUAUUGAGGUUUCAGAUGACACUGACCAAGAGGAGGAAGGUGACUGCAUGUCAAGGCUUUGUGUCCGUUGUGCUGAGUGCUUGCCGCCUCAGGACUCAUGCAUUUGGUUUCUCUGAGCCUGACUUUCUGUGCUGGCAGCGUCUCUUCAGUCAGAGUGGAGAACCGCAGUU